AUGAGCUACAAAGUUGGCUUCUCACAAAAACUGCAACAAGACUUGCUCGAUCAAGAACUUUCUGCUAAAGGUAAUACUGCUCUUACUGCCACUGCCAUUGAACACGAGAAUACGGCUUUAUUUCAUGAACAACAACAGCAACAGCAACCAGACGAUUACUCCAAGAGACGGAAGUUGCCAAUAAUUGUUGAUGUUGCACUUGAUGCUAACGGUAAACAAUUGUACCAAAUUCACGAGUCUUCCAAGUUGGUGCGAAAGGAGAUGCCUCGUUCAACAAAUUUCAAUCUUCACAGCGAGUUGACUGCUGAGCAACUUUCAUUUAUCCAAAAUGGGGGAGAUUUUACAGAUAUCAGCACCAGUCCUUUGAAAGAAGGUACAAGCGGAUCCAAGAGCUUUCAUCAAGACGACUAUUACACCCACAGUAGCAACGAUCAUGACGUAUCAUUCUUCAACGAAGGUAAUGCCAGUGUGGACCUGGUAAGUAACACCCACACCAACCCUGACCUCUCACAUACCAACAAGCUCAACCAUGAAGGGUUUUCUCGUGUUGAAGAUACAGAUAUCUGGUCCGAAGAUGUUGAACAAGCUUUUGAAGAAGUUUUAACAUUCAUUCCCAAAAAUGGCUUGAACAAGAUCAAGAUUGCUGGUCGAUCUUGUGGAAGAAACGAGCUCAUAUCCGAUUAUAUCUUCACCAAGACGGGUAAAUUCAGAACAAGAAAACAAGUGUCUUCUCAUAUUCAAGUCAUAAAGAAUUUGAAACAAAACGACAAAAUCAUUGAUUUGAUCAAUAAUGGACCCAAUGUUGCAAAUGAUCAAGAUCAAGCUCAAAUUUUAAAGAAAUUUGAAACUGUGUUUUCCAAGAUCAAUAUUAGUAAGUCGUUGGGUUUCAGUAACUCAAUGAAGAGAAAGCUGAGUGGCAAUGGUUGUGCCACCACGAGAGGACGCAGUGGGGGUGUGGCUUCUCAGAUAGUCCCAAUCCACUUACCUGCCACAAAGAGAAGAAGAAAAAGUCACACACUGUCAUCAUCAAGUACAGACUUGCCAGAAUUGGAGAUUGGCAACUUUAGCAUGUCAAUUACUGAUUGCAAUUCAGAACCCAUUCUCUUGACUAUCGAAAAGAAUAGCUUCAACAAGUAUGGUAUUUUGAAGCAUUUGAAAUUGAAUGAUAAUGCCAGUAUAUCCCAUCGGUUCCCUGGAAUGGCCGAAUUUGAAAAUUGUCCUCAAAUACCAGUGUUGCACAAUAUGGCUCGAAUUUACCUUCCUGAUGAGUUUUCACCUAAGCUUUAUGACGUUGGUUCUGGCUUUCACGCAAGCUACAACUUGAAAUGCAAGAAUCACGCACAAUCAUUAUCCACAUCGUCCCCAACAACAACAACAACAACAACCACAGCACCAGCACCAACAUUGUUAACAACCAAGCUUAAAUCAAAGCAGUUUAGUAUAUUCACAUGCAUCUAUUCCUAUGGUCAGCAAGUAUCCAAAUAUAAUCAGUCUGGUAUCCAUUUGAAUGAAGAGUGUCAAUUUUUAAGCAACUUUUGGAAACCGUUCACUCGGUUCGUGCUUAUGGGUAAACUGGCUCAAGAGGUAGCUACGGCUUUAAGAGGGCUUUCAAUCAAACAAGUUGUUUAUGAAUCUCACCAUAGUAGUAGUUGUGGUAGUGACCACGACCAGGACGAUUCCGCUUUUGUGAAAGACGAAGAGCUGUUUGUGGUGUUGAAAUCCAGAGUUAAGUUGGUUUUACUUUGGGAGUUUCUGCAAGUUUACGACCCAGUGCAGGCAAUAACGACAACUACAAAAAUUAUCUUACCUGGUGGUGUCAAUAAUGAUCACUUGGUGACUGCGGAUGAAAAGAUCGUACCGCAGGUUGUCACGUAUAAUGUUGCGAAUGAUGAGUCAUACCAAUAUCAGAACGUCGAUGCCGUGGACUAUGAUAUGGAAUCAGCUGUCCAAACAGGCCCUUCAGCAAUUUCAAAUUUCAAGAUCGGAAAAGCUACAACUAGUCCCAACACAACAUCCAUCUCAACAUCUGGCUUAGAUCAUUGUGAAGGUGUAACAGCCGCCACUACGGUCACUACUGCAGCACAAUCUCGUUCAAAAGGGCUCCCUUCACUACAUGGUGAGUUUGGACCAGAGCCACAAAAUGUACGCCAGUUCUUUGUCGGCGAUGCAUAUCUGCAACAGCAACAACUACUACAACAGCAACAACAUGUCUUUGACACAGAGGCUACACUCUCGAACCAGAGCCAUCCAUUUCACCAUGUAUCACAACAACAGUCAUCUUUCUCAUACCUGCAUAUUCAUCCAGAUUACGAGAUCCAAAUGCAGCCUCAGAUUCCUGUCCACUACCACCAUGUUCACCCACACUCGGGAUACAAGCUACAUCAAUCGGCUCACAUGGAUCUUAUGAUGGUUCCAACAGGCUCUGUGCAUUUGGAACCAGUUUCCAAUUUUCAGGAGUAUCAGUAUGCGAACCAAGGGUUUACACAAGGGUAUACCAGUGACUAUUGA